AUGGCACCAAAGCGAAGAGCUACGCGUCAAUCAGUCGUCGAAGAUGAGUUGAAGCACACGAAUGGCGAAACUCAACCCAAACCCAAGAGGACAAAACGCAAUGGUACCCAAGACACGCGUACUGAGCAAGCGAAUGGAGACCAAGAUGACGAUGAGAACACCGACUUAAAGGCAAACACUCACGUAAAAGCUCCCCUGAAGAAGCCUUCGAGAACCUCCAAACGCGCCGGUAAAUCCACCCAGCCUCCCGAAUCGACGAUCGCAUCACCAGACUCCAAGAAAUCACCCUCUUCUGCAUCCUCCUCAACACCUCCCGCCAUAACCACCACCGCCGCUUCUUCCACCAACCGCGAUGCAAACGGCUCCCAACAGACAUUCUGGCUUCUCAAAGCGGAGCCCCUUCCACGCUACGAAAAUGGCAAAAAUGUUUCCUUCUCCAUCGACGAUCUCGCCGCUUGCACAACCCCCGAGCCAUGGUCUGGCGUACGCAACUUCCAGGCCCGCAACAAUAUGCUUUCUAUGCGAAGGGGGGAUCUAGGGUUCUUCUAUCACAGCAAUGCGAAGCCUAGCGGUAUUGUAGGCGUUCUACGCGUCGUAGAGGAGGCAAAGGUCGACGAAACAGCGUUUGAUCCCGAAGAUCCGUACUUCGAUAAGAAGAGUGACAGAGAGGCGCCGAAGUGGUGGUGUGUUGGAGUCGAGUUCGUGAAGAAAUUUGACGAAGUGGUCAGUUUGGCUCGGAUUAAGGAGGAGGCGGGCAAAGGAGGGAAGCUGGAGACGUUGCAGCUGAUCAAGAAUGCACGGUUGAGUGUUUGCAAGGUUGAGAGGGAGGAAUGGCAAUUUCUUACGGAAAUUGCGGAGAAGGAGAAGAAAGCCGAGUGA